AUAUUCGAUUUAGAUUCGAUAUCCAAGGCAUUCCUACAUUUACUAUUAUUAAAAAUCGUGCUAACGGCACUCUUCUAAGAACAUCAUUUUGUACUUCUUCUUGAAAAGGUGUUUUUGCUAUUCCUGACAUGAAGAGGAUUUGCAGUCCGUAUAGAUUACUGAUAUAUUCGGUAACGAUGUUUAUUUUAUUCCUCAUUUAUUUGUCUCUCAAACCAUCAUCCGCUCGAAAUGCGUGGUAUACAAGAAAAGCCAAGUGCAGUUAUCCAUCAUCUCAUACUCAGGACCUUGUUAGUCUAGCAAAAAAAAUUAAAUUAACUUUAGAAAAGACUGAUAUUGAAUUUUUUUUAUGCUAUGGAUCAUUGUGGGGUGCUAUACGGAUAAAGCGUCAACUACCUUGGGAUAAAAACUUAGAUUUUUGCAUUAUGAACGAAGACUUAACAAAAAUUGAAGAAGCUACAAUAUACAGAGCUUUUCGUCAUACAGGUGUUACAGUGAGUUAUAAUCCCAAAGAGGGAGAAUAUACAGCAUACUUUCAGUCGGCGACUGCUUCUCUCACAGUCUUUCAGCUAUCUGAAGAUUAUGCAUCCCUUGAAAGAAUAGGUUGGAGUCAUAAAUUAUUUAAAAAUUCUCCUGGUCAACAAUUUCCAAGUAGACUGGCUGCUCCACCAUUACCAUUCAUAAAGUUUUUUAAUGAAUCAAUGCCUGUUCCCAAAGGUGAUAUUGAAAUUCAAAAAUUUCUCUAUCCGGACAAUUGGUUUCGCGAAAUGAAACCUCCAGGAUGUUAA